CACACGACAUAAGUUCUCCUCAAAACCCGCAUUCCAGCUUCUUUCUCCAGUUCUCCCCCAUCAACUCGUUCAGCAAUCUGUGUUGACUGCAAGAGCAACAGCCUCUGUACUUUGCGGUUCUAGCAUUCUUAUUAGUUCAAUAAAGGACUCCGUGUCCAACGCGCCCACCAUGCGUUUCUUCGGCAAGAAGACCACCGAUGAGGUGGCUGAAAAGGGAACUCCCGAGUCCUCAACUCCUGCUGAGACGCCCGCGCGGACUGUAUCCCCUACCAGGGAUGCUGCUGACAUCGAGCCUACGGGUCGUGUUCCCGCUGUUGCUGUAAUUCUCGGAGCGGUCGCCAGUAUUGGUGGCUUCAUGUUCGGAUACGAGUCUGGGCAGAUCUCUGGUUUCCUCCAGAUGUCUGACUUUCUUGAGAGGUUUGGCGAGAACGGCGAGUUCUCCGCCAUCCGCCAAGGAACCAUCGUCGGUCUUCUCUGCAUCGGUACCCUGUUCGGUUGCUUGAUCUCCGCUCCUCUGGCUGAUACCUAUGGUCGUCGUCUUACCAUCUCUGGUUCCGCUUUCUUCUACAUCAUUGGUGUGAUCAUCGAGAUCACCUCCAAGCGCGUCUGGGUUCAAUUCGCUAUGGGUCGUUUCACUGCCGGUCUCGGCAUUGGAGCCCUCUCCACCGUAGUCCCUAUGUACCAGUCCGAGUCUAUACCCAAGCGCAUCCGUGGUGCGACUGUCUCUUCUUACCAGUUGCUCAUCACCCUCGGUAUCUGGACCGCCUACAUGGUCAACUACGGCACAUCCAAGGACUACUCCAACGAUGCUCAGUGGCGCAUUCCGAAUGGUCUGUCCGCUCUCUGGGCCAUAAUUCUUGGUUGCACUAUCCUUCUCUUGCCCGAGUCUCCCCGCUACGCCUACCGCAUGGGUCGAAUUGACGAGGCUCGCGCCAACAUGGCCCGCCUCAACGGCAUCGAUCCCAACAGCGCCUACAUUGACAACGAGAUCCGUGAGAUUGAGGAGAAGCUUGCUGCUGAGAAGGCUGGUGGUGACCACCCGUGGCAUGAGAUCUUCACUGGUCCUCGUAUGCUCUACCGCACUCUCCUCGGUAUGGUCCUCCAGGCUGGCCAGCAGCUUACCGGUGCCAACUAUUUCUUCUACUACGGAACUGUUAUCUUCAGCGCCACUGGUCUCAAGAACCCUUAUGUCACCUCCAUCAUCCUCGGUACCGUCAACGUCCUCGCUACUGUCGGUGGUCUAUGGAUCGUUGAGAACGUCGGCCGCCGUAUGGCUAUGAUGUGUGGUGCCGCCUGGAUGUUCCUGUGCCUUUUCAUCUACUCCUUCGUCGGCCACUACGUCUCCACCCCCGACGCCAAUGGUACCCCCGUUCCCACCCCUGUCGCCGGUAACGUCAUGAUCGUUUUCACCUGCCUGUUCAUCGUCGGUUUCGCUACUACAUGGGGCCCACUCGUUUGGGCAAUCGUUGGGGAGCUAUAUCCUGCGCGCUACCGCGCAACAUGCAUGGCUCUCGCCACGGCCUCCAACUGGCUAUUCAACUUCAUCAUCUCGUUCGUCUCGACCCUUGUCACCGACAAGAUCGACUACUACUACGGCCUCGUCUUUGGCGUGUCGUGCUUUCUGCUCUUCUGGAUCGUCUACUUCUUCAUGAUCGAGUCCAAGGACCGCUCGCUCGAGGAGAUCGACACGAUGUAUGUGCUCCACGUUAAUCCAAUCACCUCUGCCAAGUGGGACUCGUCCUCGAUCGCCAAGGAUGGUUUCGUCGAUACCGACCGCCUCCAGAUGGGUCCUGGUGGCCGUAGCUGGAGCAAGGCUGAGCAGGCUAACACUCGUGGCGGUGUUCUGGAGCCUGCUGAACGCACUGAGCUCCAGGUUUAGAGUGACUGGCAGUGAAUGUGAGAGAUAUUGUAUGAUUAUUUAUGAGUUUAGCGGCAUUGCAGGGUAGUAUUGUAUCCAUUCAUUCUUC